GACAAUCUCCUGAUAGACCCCAUACUGGACAGAGACCAUGUGUAUAUUUAAUGCUUCCAACUCCAGCACCAGUUUCUUCCUGACCGGGAUUCCUCGUCUGCAAUAUCAGUUCUGGGUCGGGUUUCCCCUGCUCCUUAUGUACCUUGUGGCCAUUGUAGGGAGCUGUAUUAUUCUUUACAUCAUCAAGGUGGAAGAGGAUCUCCAUAAGCCCAUGUAUAUAUUCCUUUUCAUGCUCUCGGUCAUUGACCUUCUCUUAGCCAACACCACCAUGCCCAGAAUGCUGGGGAUCUUCUGGUUUAACUCUACUGAGAUCUUCUUUGAUUCAUGCCUGCUUCAAAUGUUUUUCAUCCAUUUCCUAUCGGCACUGGAGUCUGGGAUCCUAAUGGCCAUGGCUGUGGACCGUUAUGUUGCCAUCUGUCACCCCCUUAGAUACCCUUCUGUUUUCACUGAGGAAACAAUCAUCAAAAUCAGCAAGAUCAUUCUACUCAGGGGAGCUCUGGUCAUGAUCCCUCUCCCCGUACUCAUCAAGAGACUACCCUUCUGUGAAAACAAUGUUCUGACGCAUUCCUACUGCUUGCACCAGGAGCUCAUGAAGUUGACUUCUGCAGAUAAUAAGGUCAAUGUGGUGUAUGGACUAUUCAUUAUUCUGUUAGUCAUGGGACUGGAUUCCAUAUUCAUCGCCUGGUCCUACUUGUUGAUCAUCAGAGCGGUGGUUGACCUGGUGGAAGAGGCCAGUCUUAAAGCCUUUAGCACUUGUGCAGCCCAUAUAUGCGCCGUCCUGGUGUUCUAUAUCCCUCUCAUUGGCCUGUCAGUGGUGCACAGAUUUGGUAUGAAUGAGGUUUUCCCAAUCUUACAUAUUUUAUUUGGGAAUGUCUACCUUCUUGUGCCUCCUAUCAUAAACCCCAUCAUUUAUGGCAUCAAAACAAAGGAAAUCCGCUCUAGACUGAGAAAAAUAUUCUGCAGUAAGAAACACUGGAUCAAAACCAGUGGGGACCUGUAAUGAAGAAGAUGAAA